UUUGCCUUUUUGAAAUUUUUUAAUUAAUUAAAGGGACUAAACUAUGCAGAAAUAUGAAAAACUGGAGAAAAUUGGGGAAGGAACUUAUGGUACAGUUUUUAAAGCAAAAAACAAAGAAACUCACGAAAUUGUGGCACUUAAACGUGUAAGAUUGGACGACGAUGAUGAAGGAGUUCCAUCUUCCGCAUUACGUGAAAUAUGCCUUCUCAAGGAAUUAAAACAUAAAAAUAUCGUUCGUUUGUACGAUGUGUUGCACAGUGAGAAAAAGUUGACAUUAGUUUUUGAACAUUGUGAUCAAGAUUUGAAAAAAUAUUUCGAUAGCCUUAACGGUGAGAUCGAUUUGGAUGUGGUAAAAUCAUUUAUGUACCAACUUUUAAGAGGUCUCGCGUUCUGUCAUAGUCAUAACGUACUUCAUCGCGAUUUGAAGCCGCAAAAUUUGUUAAUAAAUAAAAAUGGCGAGCUAAAAUUGGCUGACUUUGGUCUAGCUAGAGCAUUUGGUAUUCCUGUCAAAUGUUACUCUGCAGAGGUUGUUACACUCUGGUACAGGCCUCCUGACGUAUUAUUUGGGGCUAAACUUUAUACUACGAGUAUUGACAUGUGGUCUGCUGGUUGUAUAUUUGCAGAGUUGGCAAAUUCUGGAAGGCCAUUAUUUCCUGGAUCCGAUGUUGAUGACCAGCUUAAAAGGAUUUUCAAGUUGCUUGGAACACCAAAUGAAGACACCUGGCCAGGUGUAACACAGUUGCCGGACUACAAACCCCUACCAGUAUACCAACCUAGCUUAGGACUAGCUCAAGUUGUUCCAAGAUUACCAGCUAGAGGAAGAGACCUAUUAUCCCGUCUUCUCACUUGCAACCCAGCUUUAAGAAUGCCUGCUGAUGACGCAAUGGCCCAUGCUUACUUCCAUGACUUGAACCCAUCUGUCAAGAAUGACAGAUGUUAACAGUUAAUACACCCUUACCGGUGUACCUCAGAACUAUUAUUUAGUGAUAAGAAUAAAGACAUUGACGAGGUACAACAGUGUUGUGAAGAAGAGACCUAAGUGUUUCUAAGGAUAUUUAUUUUAUAUACUGACAUUUGCUCAGACUUAUAAGAUAUGAAGCAUCUCUCAAAUUCCAAUAAUGGUGCCAAUUCUGUUGUACACAAAUCUCUAAGCUAAACAGAAUUGGCUGACUACAGUUAGGGCUGUCCUUUUCCACAUAAUAUAAAAUUUGUACACCAAUCUGUCAGUUUUCAGUAAUGUGUGCCCUAUACAUAGGGCAGUUUUGCUAUCGUUGCAAGUUCUAUUUAAUAAGAAGAGUCUGUGGUACAAAUGGGUUUGGGUAUGUUGUUUCUAUGUUAUAAGUCUGUGUACCACCUAGAUUACUUCAACUCAAAACCAGUACUUAUAAAAUGCUAUUGGAUAAUAAGAUUGUGUGGUCAAAACUUGUAAGACUAAGACUGCUUAUGUAUUAAGCAAGGUUAACAUGACACAGUAUUUUUGCCUACUUAUAUUUAUUUUGUUUGCUGUUUUAAUCAUAUCAAUUAUAUUUUAUUGUUUGUUUUAUUAAUUUUUACAGUAAUGUUAUUGCUAGUUACUAGGUAUAGGUAGUUCAUAUCAUAAAUAAAUAUGGAAUUAAUUUCUUUUAUUAAUCAGUAACCUUUAUUAACAUUUAGUCUAGUCAACAAGCAGUACAUAAUAAAAACAUAAUUUUAAGAGCAGUAUCUCUAAUACUGCUC